UGUGCUGUGUAAUUCAACAGGUAACACAACCGUUUAGAUUAACCCGCCGCUGUCGCGCGAAUAAAAUUUUGGUAGUCCGUUUCCGCACCCCAAUGGACCAGUUUAACGGAGAAAUCGCACAAGUACUGCGCAAAAACAAAAUAACAGCACUAACACCGAUACAAGCACUCACAGCACCAUAUUCGAAGCGGAAGAACAAUAUAGUAGGGAUAUCACGCACGGGUACAGGCAAAACUCUUGCAUACAUUCUUCCAGCACUGCACCGUUUACUAAAACACAAGAAACGUAACUAUGUGCUGAUAAUAGCGCCAACAAAGGAUCUUGUUGUGCAGAUUGUGGCACUGCUGAAAAUGUUUGGUCCGCUGGGACUGAGAACCGCCUCACUUACUGGCCAGAACGAAGUAAGCGAUUCACACUUUAUUGUUGGCACACCGGGAGCGGUGAGAAAGGUGAUAAAGAAUGUAAAGGGCAUCAAAGUACUGGUGAUGGAUGAGGUUGACAAGCUGUUUGGCAAGGAUUAUGAGAGGGACAUGACAAAAAUUUUAAAGUCAAUUGGCGUGUUGAGUAUUAAAGCAGGUGCUGAGUUAGAGGGAAGGACCGAUGACGAGCGAAAGACUGUGAAACGUAAGAAAGGCACAGAGAGUGCUGAUAACAAGGAAAACAUUGCAAGAAUAAAAGAAAACUGCACAACAACGAAAAAAAGCGAAGUGCAGAUGAUGCUGUUCACAGCAACGUACGAUGAAACACUCGUGAAGCAGUAUUUGGAUGUUACCUCUUUUGAGGUGCUUGAGGUGAAGGACAGGAACGAUAAAAUAGUGCACCACUACGUCUUUACACCGUACAAGCAUAGAAUACACCAUCUCUACGAGCUGUGCACAAACCUUUCCAAGUGCAUCAUCUUCGUGUCGCGGAUAUUCUACACGUAUUUAUUGUCGAACCUUCUCAAGGAACUGAACUUCAACGUAUGCUUCAUAAACGGAAGAAUCCCACAAAAAGAGAAGAACGCGGUUAUCGAAGGCUUCAAAAACAACGAUUACAGCAUCCUGGUCACCACGGAUAUGCUGUCCCGUGGUAUAGACAUACCCGCGGUGGACAACAUAAUCAACUUUGAUUUGCCGGUGAGCAGGAAGGAAUACAUCCACAGAGUAGGAAGAACGGCACGUAUGAGCGCAAAUGGUCGAUCUUUUAGCGUGGUAACGCAGUACGAUCUUGAGAAGUUGCAAAGAAUUGAACAAAUGAUUGGUGGCAGGAUGGUAGAGUAUGGGGUUGAUGAGAAUCGGAUGGAUAUCAAUAGGAGCAAGGUGGAAGCUGCGUUUGAAAAGGUGCACAAGCAGAGUAAAAUGGAAAUGGCAGAGAUGGAUGCGCGCACAAAACGAGAUAGUUAAAACAUAUAGUGAUUUAUAACUAACGUUGUUCGGAUCAGAACUGUUUACUCAGCUGUAUUUGUGACUUUUUGUCCUUGACAAAGCGAUUUUCUACGUCAUCUUUAGUGCGAGAGCGUUUGGGCAGCAUGCUAGGUAUGAGGGUCUCAUGGUUUGUUCAAAGUAGGUAAAAAAUUAAAUUUUUG